AUGUGUAUGCACGAUCAUCAAGAGAGCGCGGGGACAAACCCGCUUCUCAACACUUCAGAACUGUUUCCUUGGCAUCUGGGAGUUUUCGAUGCCCACAAUCACAUCGGCGAACGAGUUUACUCCGUUUCCAACCUACCAACAAUGAAAUCUAGAGCGGUAGCAAUUAUGGCAACCAGAACACAGGAUCAACCACUCAUUGAAGCCAUCGUCGAACAGCAUGGCGUGAAAGGCUCGGAAUGUUUCUCGCAAGAUAAAACCACUGUUGUCGCAGGAUAUGGGAGGCAUCCGUGGUUUUCGCAUGAGCUUUUUGACGACUCGCUUGAAAAUCCCACUUAUGUACCGUCCGAUGAUGUUGAGGCCGCUAAAGCGCGACAUUACAAGGCGGUACUUACACCAGCCCCAGAAGACCCGGCCUGGUGGCACGAUCAGCCAGUGCCAAUCCCUCUUUCAAAGUUCAUUGCUGAAACCAGGGCUCGGCUUAUACAAGAUCCAUUUGCCAUGGUUGGUGAAAUUGGUCUCGACAAGCCCUUCAGGUUACCAAUGCAGUGGCCUGACCCAAGAUCGCCCCGAGAUGCCGAACGUACGGAAGGGGGACGCGAGAGGAGACCACUCAGCCAGCACCGUAUACAGAUUCCACACCAGAAGGCUGUUUUUAUGGCACAUCUCAAGCUUGCUGGUGAGUUUGGAAGAGCUGUCAGUGUCCAUGGUGUUCAAGUACAUGGACUGUUGUACGACGCCUUGACAGAGUGCUGGAAAGGACACGAAAUCAAGGGCCGUCGUGCAAGGGAUAAAGAAAGGAAGGAAAGCACCCAAACAGCCAAUAGCGAAGAAGAAGUCCCGAAACCAUAUCCUCCGCGUAUCUGUCUCCACUCAUUCAGUGGCAAAGGCGACGCGGUGAAGCAGUAUCUUAAGCCAUCAAUCCCUGCCAAGAUAUUUUUCUCGUUUUCCAAGGCGAAUAAUCUGGGCACAGAUGGGGCGACGGAAAAGACGCAAGAUGCUGUAAAGGCGGUACCAGACAAUCGAAUCUUGGUGGAGAGUGACCUUCAUACAGCCGGCGAAAGGAUGGACAAUGAGCUCGAGGAGAUGUAUCGAGCGAUUUGCGAGUUCAAAGGAUGGACACUGGAGCAUGGUGUCGCGCAAAUGGCAAAGAAUUACACGGAGUUCGUUUUCGGCUAG